ACAUUAGCGUUACACGCGACUACGUCUCGCUCGCGGAGUGAUUGCCCAAGAUCCGUUCGUCCGCGGGACGUCGAGAGCGCGUUCGAGAGCUGUCCCCGAUACCUGUCGGCCGAUCCCCUACGACUCCGAAAACUCUCUGCCGUGAGUGGGAUUCCGAGGGAGAAUCGCAGAAUGCGCUUUCGACACGCUCGAGACUAACGGCUCCAACUGUAAUGCUGAACGAAAAGUUUUUGCUUAAAUGUUUAGACCUCUCCUUGAUUUGUAUCUUAGAUCAAGAGGUUUCGUCACCCCUGCCUUCUCGCGGGAUGUCAGCGUGCAGCACGUGAGAGAACGAUUACAUCUGUAGCAUCUCGGAGACGUUAGAAGAUCGGAGUACAACGGGAUUGCACACAGCCCUUUGUUCAUCCACAAGGAGCAAUGAUGGAUUUAGAUCCACCAGAAUUUCUGUCAAAGGACGAUGAGAUCCAAUAUUGGAUGGAUCUUGCGAACCAACUGUUUCAAAGGAAAGAUGAUGUCGAGCGAGAACUGGAAGAAUUCCAAGAGAAUUCACAGAUGCUGGAGAAAGAGCUGGAGACCUCCUUAGAGCAAGCGGAAAAGACGAAUAGGGAAUUGAGACAGAGAAAUACGAGACUCGCCACAGAAGUCGAACAGUUAAGGACGCGACUAGAUCAACAGUCUGCGGAUUGCGCCAUGUUCCAGGGAAAGGCGCAGGAUUUACAGCAACAACAUGAGCAUCUACUGAAGUACAUCAGAGAACUCGAACAAAAGAAUGACGACUUGGAAAGAGCACAUAGGAUAAAUAGGGUUACGGAAGAGGAAAUAGAAGCUAAGUUUAAUUUAGCUAUAGAAAAGAAUGCCUUGCUCGAAUCGGAACUCGAUGAAAAAGAAAGCCUGAAAGUCAUAGUGCAAAGACUGAUGGACGAAGUUAGAGACUUGAAGCAGGAGAUACAAGUACACGAAAGACAUCACGCCGAUAAUAACAAGUCUGCUGAAAGAGUUCGUAGCAUCGUCGAUAGUAACAAGCUACAGGCCGAAUUGGAGUCGAAUUCACCCGCGAGCCAAAUAGUCCCACAAACCAUACCUCAGAAUAAUACGACGACUUCACCGAUAAAAAUUGGACACGGGAUGGUAGGGGGUGUUAUUGGGAACAACAAUAACAAUGUGAGCCAACCAUUGCCACCCUGCACUAGAAUACUGGCUAUGAAUAUGAUCGGUGACCUCAUGCGAAAAGUCGGGGCGUUGGAGAAUAAGCUGAACACGUGCAGAAACGCGUUUCGAGAAGAUCAAGUUCGCGAUCUCUACAGAGCUAGACGACAGGUCCGAAGCCCAGCCACAGGAAACAACAAUCACAUUCGAUUGUAAGCGAAUGUAAUGGAAAGGACAUAAUCGCAGCGAUCAUAUGUCCGUACGUCACGUUGCAAUCCCGAUGUUAACGUUAAUCGGAAAUUUUCUUAAGUGGAUUCGAGUUUCGUUAAGUUAGUCACCGAGAGCUCACGCAAGAUUUGGAAGGCGUCGUCGUGUCUCGGCGUGAAAAAUUGUUUUCUGGUAUAUAGGGACACAAGAUAAAUAGAUCUUCAUGUAUUCCUCGGACGUAUGAGUCUCCCGGUAGCGGUACUUCAGGCCGCGUCAACGAUACUUGUCGCGAUAGCUUAUUAGAAAACAUUGUGUAGAAUUAAUUAUAACGGCACGUCGAUGAAUCAUCGCUAUCAUCGCAUAAUAUCCGAUUGUUCCAAGUGUGAAGUGGAUGUCGAGUGACGACUGUAAUUAUUGCGGGCGAUAGUUUUUCAGCGAUACCGACAAACGUCGUUAACAGGGAAUGUAGUACCGCUACGGUAUACCGUGUCUCCGUUCAACAUUUUUGUCACAAUAAAUGAAGAAUAUAUUUUAUUAUAAGAAAAGGAAACUCUUGUCGCCGUGUAAUAACUGAAAAUAUAUUAGUACUGACGACUUUUCAAUCGACUUCUCCACUAUGCUAAUGUUCAAGCCUACUACGCUACAUUAAUAUAAUAAAUAUAUGUGAUUGCCACGCGCGGCAACGUAUAGCCGUGUAGCAAACGAUAAUUGAUUGUCAUGUAAAUAUAAUAAAAAAAUAACAAGAUAAAAGUAACAAAGUAUCGUUACUUGUAUAUCCGAAGAAUAUUUAUAUAUCUGAAUCAGGUACUCUUUUUCUCUUUGCAUCAAUCGCCGUCGAGACGUUUAGUGAUUUCCUUCUUCGACAUCGCGCGACACUACAAAAGUCGCUUAAAAAAGGAAAUUUGUAAGUAAAUAUACGGAUACAAGAGAAGGGUUUGAGACAAUAGGAUAUUAAGCCACACGAAAAUCUUGGUGCUCGUGCUCUUUUACGAAAUCGAUGACCUCAAUAAAAUCUUGCAUUCCCGCCGGGGGUGAUGUUAAGGGAUAGGCAUAGAUGUUGCAAAAUAAAAUAGCUUACGAUUCGUAGAAUUCUUCCUAAAUUAUUCCUUCGUUAAAUUUGUGACUUGCUGUAUUAUUGCCUCGAACACUUCCCGUGUAUCAAGUAUAAGUAGCAGUGAUGGCAAAAUUAUUAUUUAUUAAAAGCGAAAUAUUUGUGACGUUUGUAGGUAAUUACACAAGUAAUAAGUAAUUUUUGAACUUAAUAAUUAACGCGUAGGGUAUAGUAUAUAAUUUGUAUUUACCAUUGUCUAUAAAUAAUUAGUGCGUAUACUUUGUAAAAAUGUGUACUUUUUAGCGCUUUAAACGUAUUUCUAAACAUACAUAAUUCUUCUAUUUUUUUAAUAUUCUGUAAAAAUAAAAUUCUUCAAUUGGAAAAGUAAUUACUUUUUCGCGACGACCGAUUAGAUCGACUCCAAUAAUUAUGUGUAUACAAACACAUGCGUUUAUUAUAAUAUAUACAAAGGCUAGCAAAAUGCAAUUGUGCCGAGUUUACAUCCAAAGUUUAGUUCUUUAAACUGCAUUACAAGAAAAAAAAAGAAUCGUCGGCCAAAUAUAUAAAAAAAUUGUUAUCCUGAAUAGAAAAUCAUAGUCUCGAAUUGUAUUAUGAGAGAAUGUGUGAAUUUCGAUCAAUAAAACCCCUAUAAAUUUAA